AUGGAGGACGUUCGUAGUCUGAGUAUUAUAGGCCAGCGUACUUUCGACGCGGACUCCUUUGGUUAUGAUCGCUUAGGCGAGAUUGCCCAGGUUGCUGAGCGGGCGUUGUCCGUCAAUGCAACGAAUGUUAUACGUCACGAUCUCGAUAGGCAUGUUGAGAGUUCGCUAGAUGGCCAGUCGAUACAUUACACGAGUAAUUUUCUUUCGAGUAUGUUCGAGGGUGUUGCGGGUCAGAAUCAGGCUGAUGACCCAGCUGAGGGUGAGCGUGAGAGUCAGGGUGAAGAUGAGGCUGAGGAUGAGGCUGAGAAUGAGGCUGAGGAUGCAGACCAGGAUGAUCAGUUUGAGGGUCAAGGUUAUCAGCGCCAUGAGGAGCAGAGAUCGAGUCAGACUCUAGGGACUCCACCGUUGGCUGUGAGUAAAGGCCAGAGAAUGACGAAGGAGCCUGAUAGAUUGACUUAUAGCCUUUUUCGGGCUAAAAAGCCCAAGAAGAAGUAG